UCUCUCUCUCUCUCCCCCUCCCUCUCUAUUGCUCUUGCUCUUGCUCUCUCUCUCUCUCUCUCUGUCACUCUCUCGCUCUCUCUCUAACUUGCCCAGCUGAAUUCACUUUAAUUCCAGAAAGAAAGUAACCGGGGUGCAGUCACACUGCAGCUGUUGAGCAGCCCCUAGCCUAGCUAGAUGUACGUGUGUGUGCGGACUUGUCCCUCUUGCUGAACGUGUGUUUUUGCGUUUAUGGGGACUGGGGGUUAAGACCCUCCUCUUAUAGUGUUAUUGUUUUUGUGGACUAGGGAUUUGAGACCCUCAUCACGUCACGCUGAGGGGGUUGUCUGUCUGUGUGUGGAGGGGGUUAUUCUGUGUGUGUGUGGAACCUAGCUCCAAGCUGGCAGAUCGGGAGGACUCAGAUUGCUCGGAUCAGAUGAUCCAUCUUCAGCUGACCGUCUCAGGGGACUGGCCAGCACCCUGUAACUCCCAGCGGGUGGAGAUGCCCAGGAGAGAGAUAGAGGUGGUGAAGGGUCAGAUGGUAGUCCUACAGGCCUGGUACAGCCCCACAUCUGAUAUUGGCAGGAACAGCGUCAUCUGGAACUUCAUGGCCAACGACUCCAAGCAGGUCAUCUCCUACAGUAAUGGUGAGCCAGGGAUAGGUAGUCCUGAGUUCAGGAAGCGUGUUGGGUUCAGCCUGUCCAUGCCCUCGGCCAAUCUCUCCAUCUACAUCAACAACACCCAGGAGUCAGACUCAGGACGAUACCUCUGCAAUGUCAUCAUCCCUGGAGCCGCCGGUCUCUCUGGAGAAAUGCGCCUUAAUGUCAAAGUCCCUCCCUCGCCUCCAGUGUGCACGAUGACUGGGUCAUCUGUGCUGAAUGGCAAUGUGACACUGAGCUGUAAAUCCAGUUCGGGCAAACCCAUCCCUCAUUACAAAUGGACCAAGAAUGCCCCCAUGUCAGAGGUCUUCUUUUCCCCCAUGCAGAAUGAGAGGCAAGGUACCCUCAGGCUGAGUAACCUCACUAAGAGCAUGUCAGGGAAAUAUGUGUGCCGAGCUAGCAACACUGCUGGUUCUGACACUUGCUCUAUCAACCUGGAGGUCUUCACCUCCUCUAAUUCUGGAGCGAUUGCUGCUGCUACUCUGGGGUCCAUCAUGGGACUGGUAGCCAUCAUACUCUUCCUCAUCUUCAUGCUGAGGAGGAGAGACCACGAAGAGGAGGAGAUAGCCAAUGAUAUCAAGGAGGAUGCCCAGGCACCCAAGCGUGUUUCCUGGGCAAAGAGUGGCACAGGCUCAGACAUCAUCUCCAAAAAUGGCACGCUGUCAUCCAUAGCCACGAGCCCCCAUCCGGGAGACGCCCAGCAGCUAAAAAACUUCCCCUACCCCACUGCACCGGCCUCUGACACAGGCUCUGUGCUCAACGCCUACCGCCUUCGGCCUGGAGAGCUCAACCCCCUGCAGGGCCUCCCAGGGUACAUCAGUGGCACACUUCCACCCAGGCACACCAGACCCCUCUGUGUUGCUAACAACAUUGAUGCCACCUAUCCACAAGGGCACAGUCGACCCCCCAGUUCUAAGCACAUCAGUGGGACUCCACCCCCUGGCCACACCCGGCUCCUCACCACUAAUAUCAUUGUUGACACUCCUCCCCAUGGGUUCAGUCAACCACCCAGUUUUAACCAUGUUGGUGUCACCUCUCCACAUGGGUACAGCAGACCCCAUAGUUCUAACAACAUUGGUGCCCCCUCCCCCCAGGGGCACAGUCGACCCCCAAGUUCUAACAAUAUCGGCGCCCCUUCUCCACACAGGCACAGCCAACCUCCCAGUUCCAACCACAGCCGACCCCCCAGCAUCAGUAGCAUGCCUCACUAUGGACACAGCAGAUCCUCCAGUUCUAACGGUGCCCCACUUCAUUCCCCACCUGGAUCCCAUUCCCCACCUGGCCACAAGGUCACAGACCCCGACAAGACUGAGGGGGCCCAGCCCCAGGUACCACGCCCUCUCACCUCGCCCAUCAGCUCCGCCACCCUGGCCCGUAUGGGUGCUGUGCCCGUCAUGGUGCCCUCUCAGAGCCAGGCUGGAUCACUGGUAUAGCCCACUGGAGGGUCUCCCGUUUUACUACUGAACACAAAAAACUGAAGCAAAUGGAUAAAGACUUCCUCAAAGGAACAUUGCAUAGAGUAGAGAAGGAUUUGCUUGGAAUUAAAAACACUUUUUUAUUGUGAUCGUUCAAUAUUAUGUUCAGAGUAGAAAGAAUAGCUCAUGCUGAAGAAGACACUUGUGGAAUCCCCUGUAUUCAAGUCUGCACAAGUUCAAAGACUUAAUUGAUUUGUUUUGAUUAUUUUAGCUGUUUUCAAAUCUUUUUUGCUAAAUGUUUUUGCUUUUAUUUGCCAUGCUCAGAUUCUUUAAGGUUAAAACAAGGCCUAUUCUAUAUUCUUUAAGGCCUUUUAUAAACUGGGUGGUUCGAGCCCUGAAUGCUGAUUGGCUGACAGCCGUGGUAUAUCAGACCGUAUAUCUUUUUACUGCUCUACGUUGGUAACCGAUUUAUUAUAGGAAUAAGACACCUUGGGGGUUUGUGGUAUAUGGCCAAUAUACCACGGCUAAGGGCUAUAUCCAGGCACUCCACUUUGCAUAUUGCAUAAGAACAGAUAGUCUUGGGAUAUUGACCAUAUGCCGCACCCCCCCCCCCCCCGGGGCUUAUUGCUUAAUUAUUCUCUAAAACACAAGUUGUUUGUGAAGAGGUUGUUGAAUCGGUAUGCAGUGCAUUUGGAAAGUAUUCAGACCCCUUUGACUUUUUCCACAUUUUGUUAUGUUACAGCCUUAUUCUAAAGUGGAUUAUAUGAAAAUGUAUCCUCAUCAACCUACACACAAAACCCAUAAUGACGAAGCAAACUGAUUUCUAGAAAUUUUUGCAAAUGUAUAUAAAAAAACUAAACAUAAAUACCUUAUUUAAAUAUGUAUUCAGACCCUUUGCUAUGAGACACUAAGUUGAGCUCAGGUUCCAUCAUGUUUCCAUUGAUCAUCCUUAAGAUGUUUCUACAACUUGAUUGGAGUCAACCUGUGGUAAAUUCAAUUGAUUGGACAUGAUUUGGAAAGGCACACACCUGUCUUUAUAAGGUCUCACAGUUGACAGUGCAUGUCAGAGCAAAAACCAAGUCAUGAGGUCGAAGGAAUUGUCCUUAGAGCUCCGAGACAGGAUUGUGUUGAGACAGAUCUGAGGAAGGGUAGGUACAAAAACAUUUCUGCAGCAUUGAAGGUCCCCAAGAACACAGUGGCCUGCAUCAUUCUUAAAUGGAAGAAGUUUGGAACCACCAAGACUUUUCCUAGAGCUGGCCGCCUGACCAAAAUGAGCAAGCAGGGGGAGAAGGGCCUUGGUCAGGGAGUUGUCCAAGAACCCGAUGGUCACCCUGACAAAGCUUCAGAGUUCCUCUGUGGAGAUGGUUGUCCUUCUGGAAGGUUCUCCCAUCUCUGCAGCACUCCACCAAUCAGGCCUUUAUGGUAGAGUGGCCAGACAGAAGCCACUCUUCAGUGAAAGCCACAACAGCCCACUUGGAGUUUGCCAAACGGUACCUAAAGACUCUCAGACCAUUAGAAAUAAGAUUCUCUGAUGAAACCAAGAUUGAAAUAUUUGGCCUGAAUGCCAAGCGUCACGUCUGGAGGAAACCUGGCACCAUCCUUACGGUGUAGGAUGGUCGUUGCAGCAUCAUGCUGUGGGGAUGUUUUUCAGUGGCAGGGACUGGGAGACUAGUCAGGAUCGAGGGAAAGAUGAACAGAGCAAUGUACAUAGAUCCUUGAUUAAAACCUCCAGAGCGCUCAGGACCUCAGACUGAGGCGAUUGUUCACGUUUCAACAGGUCAACGACCCUAAGCACACAGCCAAGACAAUGCAGGAGUGGCUUCGGGGCAAGUCUCUGAAUGUCCUUGAGUGGCCCAGCCAGAGCCCAGACUUGAACCCAAUCUAACAUCUCUGGAGACCUGAAAAUAGCUGUGCAGCGAUGCUCCCCAUCCAUCCUGACAGAGCUUGAGAGGAUCUGCAGAGAAUGGGAGAAACUCCCCAAAUACAAUUGUGCCAAGCUUGUAGCGUCAUAACCAAGAAGACUCUAGGCUGUAAUCACUGCCAAAGGUGCUUCAACAAAGCAUCUGAAUACUUAUGUAAAUGUGAUUUUUCAAUAAUUUUUUUAUACAUUUGCAAACAUUUCUAAAAAUCUGUUUUUGUUUUGUUAUUAUGGGGUCUUGUGUGUAGAUUGAUAUGGGGGAAAAAACAAUAUAAUCCAUUUUAGAAUAAGGCUGUAACAUAACAAAAUGUGGAAAAAGUCACAAGGUCUGAAUGCUUUCCAAAUGCACUGUAUUUGACAGGUUUGACUUAUAUACAUUGUGUAAAAUUGUUUGUUAUAUGCCAGUUAUGACAUGUUGACAUGGACAUUGAUAAGGGAGGUGUUGUCUGAAGAGAACAUGCUCAUGAACUCACAUCAUGUUGACACUUGAAAGCACAUCACUGCCCAGAGAUGGGUUAAACAUUUAACUUCACACACACGCAAAUACCUGAUAUGCAGUAAAGCACACUCCCUUAGUCCUCCUUGACAGUCUUCUUCUCAGGCCAACUGUUCAUGUUGAUUUGUUACAACUCCAGUAAAACCUGCCAUACAUGCUCUAUCCAGGUAUUUUAUACAAUUUCAAUACUGGAAAUGUUUAAAGACAAAGCGUUGACCCAUACUUGUAUAUCUAUCUAAUAAGAACGACUUAUAUUACAGAAUAUUGUGGUUUUAUCACAUUCAUGUAUACUGAGAGAAUAUAUUAAUCUUAAUUAGGUAGUUGGAAUGUAUAAUUCAUUUAUAAUGUUUGUUCAAUGGCUGAGAUUCCUGCAUUUUAAAUAUUUUUCCCUUAACUCAAAGGCCCAGUGCAGUCAAAUGUGAUUUUCCUGUGUUCUGAGGUUGGAAUAAUACUGUGAAAUUGUGAAAAUG